GCCCCCCGGCUUCACGCAGCUCAAGAACCUAACAGUCCUGGGCCUCAAUGACAUGUCCCUCACCAACCUCCCUCUUGACUUCGGCAGCCUUGUGAACCUGACUUCACUGGAACUCAGGGAGAACUUGCUCAAGAGUUUGCCUGAGAGCGUUGCUCGGCUCACCAAGCUCGAGAGACUCGACAUUGGUGAUAACGACAUCGAGGAGCUGCCAAGUCACAUCGGUGACUUGCCAUCUCUGCAGGAGCUGUGGCUGGACCACAACCAGAUGAGUCACCUACCCCCAGAGAUUGGCAAGCUCAAGAACCUGAUGUGCCUCGAUGUCUCCGAGAACCGUAUUGAGGACAUCCCUGAAGAGCUGGCAGGCCUCGUCAACCUCACAGACCUGCACCUCAGCCAGAACCUGAUCGAGACGCUACCUCCCGGCAUCGGCCACCUGCAGCACCUCACCAUAUGCAAGCUCGACCAGAAUCGCCUUAUUUCCCUCCAUCCCAACAUUGGACGAUGCGAAUCUCUGCAAGAACUCAUCCUAACAGAGAAUUUAUUGUUUGAACUGCCGAGUUCUAUCGGCAAUCUCGUGAGACUCACAAACCUGAAUGUGGACAGAAAUCGUCUUACUCAUCUACCCCGAGAGAUCGGUGAGCUGGUUAGCCUGGGCGUUCUGUCUCUGCGUGACAACAAACUCACGCACCUGCCCUCUGAGACCGGCAACUGCAGGAACCUGCACGUGCUCGACGUCUCUGGCAACAGACUGCAGUAUCUGCCGAUCUCAAUCACGGCGCUGAACCUGAAGGCGGUGUGGCUGAGUGAGAACCAAGCCCAGCCGAUGCUCAACUUCCAGACUGAGAUCAUCGAGGAGACGGGAGAGGAGGCGCUGACGUGCUUCCUGCUGCCUCAGGAGGAGUACCAGCACGACGGUGGUGGCAUGAGUGGCGGCGUAGACUCGUGGGUGGGCGACGACGAGGACGACAUGGACGAGAGCGGCGCCCACAAUUUGGACGGCACGAGACACUCGGUCGUCAAGUUCCAGGAGGACCAGGACUACGACCUCGCUAAGGAGCAAUUAUACAAACGACUUGUUGACACGUUGAGUAACUUCGUCCGGCACAACACGCCGCAUCCUCGAGACCUGAAGGCUAAGGCAGAGAAGCUCUUCGGCAAGGGCGGCGUCCCACCGGCCACUGCCAACUCUUUUGCCACGCAGAACAAUGCAGUUCUGACGGAGGAGACCAGCAGAGAAGAUGCAAGCUGUACAGACGGCAAGCCUCAGCAGCAGCAGAACCACAAUGCCACUUACGUCGUGGAACCCGCUCCUCAGAACGCGUCCUCAGGCGUCACUGCCGCCACGUCGCCCCCGACCACCGCUACAACCACCACCACUACUGCUGCUGCCGCAGGCGUCGCUGCAUACGACACCAACUCCAGUAACUCGCGUGAGGUUAGCAGUGAUGACGAGAGCUCACAAGACGAGGAGCGCGAGAGACGUGUUGCGUUCGCCGAAGAAGCAGCAGCAGAACGAAGAGACGAAGAGGGCCUUGACGCUGAUGGCGAAGACGACGAAGAAAGACGCGACGUGAGGCCAAGCCGGCUGCACAGACGUGACACGCCUCACCAUCUCAAGAACAAACGUAUCAGCGCCACCAACAAGACGGCUGAUCUCGAAAAAGUCGCGGCCAUCAUCGCCCAGCCCGGAAAUGUGGACACCAUCAAUCAUCAGCAGCAGUUCCAGAAGCUCCAGGUGGAUGGCAACGCAGCCUCACCGCUGGCGUCUCCUCAGCUGCCCAACAACCACAUCGGACCCGAGGUACGUCAGUUAUCAGUGCGUGUGGAGCGCACGUCAGGAGGUCUGGGCCUGAGCAUCGCUGGCGGCCACGGCUCGACGCCAUACAAGGGCUCGGAUCAGGGCAUCUUCAUCUCGCGUGUCGCUGAGGGCGGACCGGCCUAUGCUGCCGGACUCAGGGUGGGCGAUAAGGUGCUAGCAGUGAAUGGGGUGGAAGUGGAGGAGGUCGACCACUACGAUGCCGUCAACAUCAUGAGGGAGGCGGGGGCUCAGCUCCACCUGGUCGUCCUCAGGGAGAUUUCUCCUGCACAGCCUCUGCAGGUUGGCGAGGACGCAAGAGGAGCCGCCGCAGCGACCAGCAACCACGUGCCUCUGACUUCUGCGAUGACAUCUACGCCUCUGGCCGGAGUCUCGUCCAUCACCAGCACGGGCAUCGGGUCUUCAGGCGCAGGCGCUAUUCCUCUCACGCCCGUCGCUGCAAGUGGCGCGCCUUCUGUACCAGUGGCGUCAUCUUACGCCCCUCAGCUCUGUGUUGGUGCUGCAUACCAACAUUACUUGUCUGCAAAUUCAUAUGCUGAUCCUCAGCAGCCACACGUUGCUGGACAACAACAGCCCUAUGGUGCUGGCCCGCAGCAGCCCUAUGCUCCUGGCCUCCAGCAGCCCUAUGCUUCUGGCCCUCAGCAGCCAUAUGCUCCUGGCCCGCAACAGCCCUAUGCUAGCGGCCCCCGGCCCUAUGUUCCUGGCCCGCAGCAGCCUCAUAUGACUGUUACCCAGCAGCAGCAGCCGCCCUAUGUUACCGGCACACCGGCCCACACCUCAUUGUCUGCUGCCGUGCCUGCCACUCCGUCUCAACAAGCUCCUGUGAACGGCGUCCCAACGCCCAACGACAUGCAGCUGGUGCGCGAAACUAUCUGCACGACGCUGGUGCGGAACCAUGAAGGCCUGGGCUUCAGUAUAGCUGGUGGCGCUACCUCGCAUGACCAACCUAUUUUCAUAAACUGCAUCACGGAAGGCGGCGUGGCUGCCAAGGAUGGCAAGUUGAGAGUUGGCGAUCGACUCAUUUCUAUUAAUGGCGUAGAUCUGGACGGUGCUCGCCACGACCAGGCCGUCAGUUUACUGUCUGGUCUGGACCGCUUCGUGCGGCUCGUGGCACAGCGCGAGUCUCUAGUGACCGCUGAGGUUGCGAAGGAGAUGAACGCUUCGGGGCUCGGCGGCUACUCUACUCUCUAUAACUCCAACUCUUACAUGGCGAACAGACCAAGUUACACAGGCUACAGGCGUGCGCAGCCCACAUCACGACUCACUCCCUCCUCUUCAAGCACUGGUCUCAGCAAUUCACCAAGUCUAAGUCGAGUCUCACUUACCAACACUCAUGACCCAGUCGCUGGUCGCCUCUCAGGUUCAGCACUUCCCCCGCCUCCCAACAACGUCAACAACAGCAACGCCGCCGUGGUUCUCAAUAACGGCGUCCUCGACAAUAACACUAAUGACACUAAUAAUAACAGCAGCCGCCCAAGAAAUACGACUACCUCCAUACAGGAUGGCACCACUCAGGUACAUGAUCGCAUAAUGGCCCGAACUCGUCCUCUUACUAAUGAAGAUUUCGAAGCUAUGAUACCUGAACAUUUUUUGCGCGGGCAAACUGCUCCCCAGAGCAAUGGUUUGGUCGAGUCUGGCGGUAUUCAUGUGGCCAUGCAGCAUCCUGCUGUGCCUCAUAAGCCCAUGUUGCCUGCUGCUCCCACGCAGCUAGGCCAGAUCACGGAAGUCUUGACUAAGACCACCUUAACGGAGACCACAGUAACUCGGCUAACUGAUAAUAGGCUCGCUGAGGUGCCGCUCAUUAUUGAGGACGUGAUAUUGGAGAAGGACGGAGGACCAAUGGGCCUCAGCAUCAUCGGCGGGUCCGACCAUUUCUGCAUGCCGUUCGGGUCUUCAGUCGACGACCCUGGCAUUUACAUAUCCAAAAUCACGGCGGGGGGGUCGGCGCACCGCACAGGGCGGCUGCGCAUGGGUGACCGCAUCCUGGCGGUGGACGGCGUGGACAUGAGCAACGCGACGCACCAAGAAGCCGUCCUAGCGCUGCUGCAGCCUCCUCACCAGAUCCGUCUCACCGUACGCCAUGAUCCUCAGCCUCGGGGACUAAUGGAGGUGAUCAUUAAGAAGGUGCCUGGAGAGCGCCUGGGCAUGAACAUUAAGGGCGGCGUUGGAGGCACGCCAGGCAACCCCUUCAAUAAAACUGAUGAGGGAAUAUUUAUAUCAAAAAUAAAUGCUUCUGGAGCAGCUAACAGAGAUGGACGUUUGCACGUUGGCCAGCGCAUCUUAGAGUUCAACGAGAGCUCCCUGCUGGGCUGCACGCACGACGAGGCCGUCACGACGAUGCGCUCUGCCGGCACCACCAUACGCCUCGUCGUCUGCGACGGCUACGACCAUCACCUCUCUCAGCAGCUGAAGGUGGAAGGGAGACUGGGCAACGACUCCCGCUCGGCCAGUCAGUCCGUCUGCUCUCUCGAAAGAAACGAAUCAGAAGAACAUGCAAGUCCGCAGCAGGUUCUGGAUGUGGUGCGUGCGGCAGAGCAGCUAGCGGAGGAGGCAGCGCCGGCGCUCACGAGAGGCGAUGCUAAGACCACCACCGUCGUGCUCGGCCAACAGCAGCAGCUGCAGCCACCGGCCGCCGCUACUGCGCCCGCCGCUGCCGUACAAUGAUGUCACAUUGCCAGCUACUGCCUUCCUUCCUAUACUACUGCCAUACUACCUACUCUAAUUUAUCACCUUCAUAUCCUUAUUAUUCAUUUUAUACUACGCUUCUAUUUUUCUAUGAGUCAUUACUCUCUUGUUUUUGUUAGUUACUACUUCCAUCCUUAUCUCAUAUUCAUUCUUUCAAUAAUUCUUUCUUCAUUGCCUUCCCUUACUCCUACCCUAGGCCUUCUUAUUUCAUUCCAUCAGCAUCUAUUUUGUACUUCUUCCCGCUGCUUUAUGCCUCUUGUUCCUUUUUUUUUAGCCCCAUUCCUCUCCCUUCUCUUCCCUUCUCAUGCCCACAAAGUCUCCAGGGGGUCUUAGAUUGUCGUCAUGUAAAUGUUGUAUAUCAUAAAUUACUUUUCUACUAUAUUAACUUUAUUGUUGAGGGUGUAACAGUGUAAUGUAUUUUGUCAGAACUUCCAAAUGACUCUGUAUACAUCUAUAUUCUCAUGAUUUCAACGGUCUUUCACUGUCCUGAUCUUCGUUGUACUGUAUGUCGUUUCAGCGUGCGCGCUUGGCUCCGUUAUUUUAUGCAGGCAAAUCGUCGUAAAGAUUUGAACUAGUUGAGGAUCUUGCGUAUUUUCCCUCUUCGUAAACUAGAGAGUACUUACUGAGAAUGAAAUAAAAUAGACGACGAAUUUCAUUAUGUUUUGAUCACUUGUAAGUAUAUAGAUCUCGUCUGGAUGAGCUGGAUUCAUAGCGUUGGGUUGCUAAUGUGGAAAAAUUGAGAGAAUAUAUUUCCUUACCAGGGAAAUUGCAACCUUAUCCGGUAUAAUUUUCCUCCACGCAUGACGGAGUUGGGAAUGCAGCGUGUCAAAUAUUAGUAUAUUAUAUAUUAUAUAUAUUAGCCUUUAUAAGUCCGCAAAUUGCCAUUUUAUCGUUGACGAGAAUAAUUUCAAAGUAGAAACAGCUCCAUUAUGUUGAUCAGCUGGUGGAUCUGAAUGGCCAAAUGUCACUCCUACUGCCCUAGAAGUACGUAAAUCGAGGUAAUAUUUGUAAAGAAGAAUAUUAACUUGAUUUAAACAGCCGCCACCUCUUCCGUUCCAAGCCCUACUGUUCUCUAUUUUUUCGUGUACACCUAAGCCGUUGUUAGUUAGUUUCAGCUCUCGCCCCAAACUCGAUUGAUCUCUUGUCACUGUAGGUUCUCAAGACGGCCCGGCCACACUUUGCAGCGCUGUCUCUACUGCGAUAAGUUACUCUUCCUACCUCAACUUUAAUAGAUAUAGGUCUUUAUAGUUUCGUUUAAUUAAGGGAAUCUCAACCAUUUUUCUAUAUGAUAUCGCUUUCCACGUCUCCUUUUUUUUACAACGGUUAGUACAAAUAGGAACACCGGACUUCGCACCUCCCAACAAAAUUUGUGGUGAACUUUUAACUUUUUUCCCUAAUAUCUGUGGUAUCCAAAUUUUUGACACCACUAGCAAUGUGGAGAGCCGUAAAACAUUAGUUAUAUUAUCCGGUUUUCCUGAUAAUGGUUUUAUUUCCUGGUAAUGGCUUUCCUUCUGAAAGGCGAGUCUCCGUGGCUUUCUGCCAGACGGCACUCUCAAGAUGGAUGUCAUGAUAAGUUCUCAUCUCAUUAUAUUAAAUUUGUAAAAUUUUUUACAGUUCGUGUUUUUUUUAGCAGCUUCAUAUUGAACAUUCUUAUGCAUUUUCCCUCUACGGUUUAAUUUUUCCGCCUCAGAGAUGGUAGAAUUUGUGUUUAUUGUUACGCAUGCUUACAUUUUCUACAUACGGGUCUACUUCUAUUAUGCCGAUUACUCAUGUGAACGCAUGUGCACGCGGUUUUUAGAUUUCCAUUGAAUUUAUUCUAUUGGUUCCGCCUUCCUUCAUUGAGAGUAGCCUAAUUCAUGGGGCAAUGAUAGACAAAAAGUGCUUCAAGGCUUCAUUUUGUCUAGUCUCUUUUAAAGUGCAGUCUCUGUUAGUGUGAAAACAAAGUAACCAUGGCUGCAAGCUGUAAGACCAAACAAUAAUUCAGAAAAACGAAGCCAUAAACAUAAAAUUUGUCGGCAUAUUUAAUUCAAAUACAACUGCAUUUUAAAUUUUUUAACUUAUUAAUAUAGGAGAUAAAGCAAAUUAGAUAUAAUCCUUGCAGCUAUAAAAUUAAUCGAAGCCUGUCAUUUUGGUUAAUAAGUGUGAUGUGUUUUUGUGAUUUUAUGUGCGAGUUCUGGACCAGGAAGUAAGAGCCUCAAAACGUUAGUGUGAAGUUUUUGUUAUCCGAUUUCACGUGCCUGGCCUCCAUUUUCCGCUUGCCAAAAAUGCUCGUUUCUUUGUUUAUGUUUUGGAAUGACGGGCUUUGGGUUUGCGGUGUCUUGUUUACUUUGUUAAGUUUAGCUCUUAGAUUAAAUGGUUUGUACUGCUUGAUUGAACGCUAAGUAUACGUGCCUAUUUUG